CCGGCGCGCCAACCAACAGCGGGAGAAUCUUUUGCAAGUUUUGUGAGAGCAGCAAUUACGGCUCCCCGCACUCAUGUUCCACUGUCGCAGGCUCUGGCACAAGCGAAAUCAUAUCCCCUUCCCGGCGGUCCGUUGUCGCCAGAGUCUAUUGCUCGUCUGAGAGCAAGAGCAGAAGCAAAACCUCGCUCUCGUGAUCAACUGGUGGCAGAGUCUCUUGGAACUCUUCUAGCAGUAGCGAAAGCGACUCCUCCCACUCGUGACCCACAGCCGCCGGGGUCUGUUGCCGCUCCUAAAGCAAAAUCGAAAGAGAAAUCCCUCCCUCCUGCUCCUUUGUCACCAAAGUCGGUUGCGACUCUGAAAGCAAAGGCGCUCGGAAACAUCUACUAUGACCUCAACCGUAUCGGCAAGGUGCGCAUUAACGUGCGGGAGGGCAGGAAAAUGACCACCGACCGCAAGCGCUACUGGCAUGAGUGCAAGAAGGCAACGAACUUCAUCAGCAAGAUGGUGAACCUGGUCGAGGGGCUGGAUGAUUCGUACCAGACUCAGGAAGGCUUGGAGCUCUCGGACGAAGUCGAUGACCUGCUGCAGCGCAUCGGUUGGGAAGGGCUCGCGAUCGCUGCUCACUCGGAAGCCUUUCGGCGCAUCCUCUCCUUAGACCAAGAGGUCGACAGCCAGCUGCGGCGCGAGGUACUUGAGGCCCUCAAGGCCAACAGAAACAGCCUGGAGUUCUACGGCCGCGUGCGCAACAUCGACUGGCGUGGCCUGCUGCUCCCGUACUCCAACGACUCCAUCCGCUACAUGAGCCCGGCGCUGAAGCUCGUCAAGAAGUUCUGGGACCGCCACCCGCACGAGCUUGCGAUCCCGCCCCAAGGCGAAGACCAUGUCAUCACCCCGAAUUACAACAACUGCCGUCAGGUCAACAUCACCAAGAACAUCUGGAACCCUGCAGACUGGAAGCAUCAAGUCGACCCGAAACCCGACAUUAAUGUCACCAUGCGCUGGGCACAUGUCUACGAUCUGGGGUGUUGUGACUUCUGCGAAUCGCCGCAUGCCUGCCGGUGCCAGGUGCAGUCGAUGCCCGGGGAGCUGGUGGAGCUCGUCAAGACGGAGGACCGGGGCAUCGGGGUGCGCGCCCUGUGGCCCUUCCGCAAGGGAGACGUUCUGGGUGAGUAUGUCGGGCGGCUCAUCCCAGACGGCAGCAGGCCGGACCAGACCUAUGCUCUAGCGUGGGAGGCGCCGAGUGACCAACGCACCCAAGGGAAGGUGUCCGUCGACGCAUGCUACGAGGGCAACUGGACCCGGUUCGUCAAUCACGCCUGCGAGAACGCCUCAACCGAGUACCGCUGCCGGACCUUUAGCGACCACGCCGCCAUGACGCUCGAGGCCACGCGGGAUAUUGAAAUGUACGAAGAGAUCACCGUCGACUAUGGGCCUAGCUAUUGGAAAAAGAGGCAAUGCCGCUGCGGGUCGCCAAAGUGCUAUUCCGCAAAACAGCCGCCGCCGACCACUCGAGAGGAAGCACGACCGCUGACGGGGAGAGCAAGAAAGACAGAGAAGAACGUGAUGAGAAUUCCCCUCAAGGAAAUAGGAGGCGAAGAAGGAAAGGACGUUGCUGAAGAAACACUGGCCGAAGAAGGAAACGCAGGUGAUGAUAGUGAGAAUCUUGAGGGAGGCGGAGGAGAAGAAGAGGUGCUGUGUCCAGAUCCAUCAUCGAACGUGGUCGUACACCAGGAUCCAUCAAAAAACAAUGACGGAGAUGGUGAUCACCCGGAGAAGGAUGACCACAAGGACAAGAACUAUGUUCCAGGAGACGAUAGUGAUGGGGAUGAUGACGAUGCGGGACCGAUGGUGGUUGGAACAGCGGAAGUGAUGGAGUUGGGUGACUGAG